UCAUCAUCAUUUCUCCUCCACCCCUACGCCAUUCCAAAAGUCUUCCUUCUUCUCCUCCUCCUUCCUCCCUCCUCCUUCUCUCUCUCCUUUCUCUCUCUUCUGAAAGUGAUUCGAAAGCUCCCUGCUUUUUCGCACGGCACGUCUUCGCGCCUCCCAUCACGUCAUUCCAACACGGCCAACACCGCCACCAUCUCCAUCUCCAUCUUCUUCUUCUUCACCGUCGAUCAGUUCCAGCUGCUGUUCGUCACUUCCGCCGCUUGUCCUCGCCGCCCCCCCUUCCUUCGCACGUUCCCGAUCGUCCUGCUCCGGCGUCCCCCGGCAACGAUUUCCGGCGGUCGAGCGUCGUUCCGGCCCGGGUUUCUUGGGGGGCCGAUCGUGGUGGGAUCUCGGCAAUGGCGGGCUCGGGGAGCGACUGCGAAUUGGCCGGCAAGCAGAGGAGCUCGCUCUUCAACCGGUCGCUCACCAUGCAGCCCAAGGCUUUGGUCGAUCACCACCCCUCCCUCGAGCGGGCCGGUUCCAUCAGGAAGUUCUACAGUUCCAUCGAGUCCUUCAAAGGGAAGGUCCUCAAGCUCCGCAAUUUCUUCGACUCCCCGAAACCCCCGCCCGCCCCCGUCCCCGCCGCCGCCGCCGCCGCUGCCGCCGACAAGCUGCAUUUGCAGGUGCAAUUCCAAUCGCAGCUUCUUUCCAGGUUAAAGCCCGCGAAAUCUAUUGGCUCGAGCUUUGGCAAUAACUCGUCGAUUCGGCUGCCGGGUACUGAGGACAGGAUCGUGGUGUACUUCACUAGCUUGCAUGGCAUUCGGAGGACUUACGAGGACUGUUAUGCGGUGCGGACGAUAUUUAGGGGCUUUCGAGUGUGGGUCGACGAGCGGGACGUUUCGAUGGAUUUGGCAUAUAAGAAGGAGCUGCAGGGUGUGUUGGGCGAGAAAAGAGUAAGCUUGCCGCAGGUGUUUAUCGGGGGCACGUAUGUGGGCGGAGCCGAUGCGAUCAGACAGAUGUAUGAAACCGGUGAAUUGGCAAAAAUCCUCGAACGUUUUCCUAAGAAAGCGCCGGGAUUUGUGUGUGAGGGCUGUGGGGACGAGAGGUUUGUGCCGUGCACGAACUGCGAUGGAAGUAGGAAGGUGUUUGAUGAAGAUGAGGGGGUGCUCAAGAGGUGCUUUGAAUGUAACGAGAAUGGGUUGAUGCGGUGUCCGGAAUGUGGUUCUUGAACUUGGGCCAAUACAUAUUGGUAAUGUUAAUUGCUACGUGUCGCUGGGGAGGUUAUUUCUUGAUGCGAAUGAUAAACUGCAGGAGCCGGCAAUGAUGCGUCCCCUUAAUCGUUCCAAUGUUGUAUUUUUCCUGGAUUUUCUGGACUCUUUUGGCUGGGAACUAAUGGUUCAUCAACUCCAUGAACUGGGGUAGUAAGUUAUCGUAUGUAAAAUCGAAGCGACAAUUUGGCUGUUGCUUUUGUACUUAUGCAGGAGAGAUUUACCCUCCUUGGAAUGUAAAUAAUAAUUUGACUUGAGAA